UUGAAACACUUUUCUUUUUGUAUUAAUUAUUAUGAAGCUAACAUAAGUAUUUAUUUAUUUUUGUCACUUAAAUAAAUGAAAUUAGUGUUUAAUAUUUAAUGUGAAUAAUAUCUAGUCGAUAAUGUUUUUCAGAAAAAAGAAAAUAUCAUCAAACUUGCAACAAAAAUAUAACGAUUAUUACACAACAGAUAUCAACGGAGUAAAAAACUGCAGAGUUAUUCGUUUUAACGAUAAAGAACAACCCAAAGAUAAUAAUUCAAACCGUAUUAUUACUGCCAAGUAUGGAAUAUUAACGUUUGUUCCUUUAAUAUUUAUGGAACAAAUGCAGCAAUUUUCUAAUCGAUUUUUUUUAUUCAUGUCUUUACUGCAGCAAUUUCCUGGCGUUUCUCCGUUGGGCCGUUAUACAACAAUAAUACCCUUAAGCUUUAUCAUGACUUUGUCUGGAAUUAAAUCGAUUUAUGACGAUAAGAAAAGAUGCGCCGAUGACAAUGAAAUAAACCAUAGAUGUGUAGAAGUAUUGAGAAACGGUUUACUGGUUCGGGAAAAAUGGGAUGCGAUAGGAGUUGGGGACAUUUUAAAAAUAAAUAACGACUCCAUAUUCCCAGCAGAUAUGAUACUGAUUUCUUCCAGUGAGCUCCACGGUAUAUGUUACAUUGAAACAAUGGAUUUGGACGGCGAAACCAAUUUCAAAACAAGACAAAGUCUCGACGAGACGGCACAGCGCAAAGAAUUGAACGAAUUAAGACGUUUCAACGGUGUGAUCGAAUGCGAACUCCCAAACAAACAGCUGUACGAAUUCGUGGGAAGCAUCAAGAUACAAUCGAAUCAAGAUGCUUUACCUCUAGGUCCCAAACAGUUGUUACUAAGAGGAGCUGUUUUGCGCAAUGUAAAAUGGAUAUACGGUGUAGUGAUAUAUACAGGCCACGAAACGAAAACUAUGCUCAACCAGAUUAAAACAACUGUGAAACAAUCGAAGGUGGACGCAUUUUUGAAUUGUCAAAUGAAAAUCAUGUUUCAAUGCAUUUUCUUAGCAUGUUUACUGUGCACUGUAUGUUGCGCACUGUGGUCGAAAAAAAUGAGUGGCCAACACUGGUACUUGAAUCUCUCUGGAUUUUCAUUUAGUGGAUUUCUACUACAAAUUGUAACAUUUUUCAUUCUCUUCCACAACGCGAUUCCUAUAUCUUUACAAGUGUACGUUGAAAGUGUUCGCUGGAUCGAGGCAUGGUUUAUUAACAAUGACAUUGAUAUGUACCACAAAGAAAGUAAUACACCUGCUGUAGCUAAAUCGCCAAAUUUAAAUGAAGAAUUAGGACAGGUUAAGUUUAUUUUUUCUGAUAAAACUGGCACUUUAACCAGGAAUAUAAUGGAAUUAAAACAUUGUUCCAUUGCCGGCGAACUUUAUUUAGAAGGAUCCCAAGACAUUCUAAAAAAGAACACAACAGGCCAUUCGACCAGAGUGUAUAUUAGGGAAUUUUUAAGAACAUUAACGGUUUGUCACACUGCGAUUCCCGAACAGACAGGAAACGACGGCACAAUCGUGUAUAAAGCUUCAUCUCCCGACGAGUUGGCGUUAUUAAACGGGUCGCAGAAACUUGGUUUCGUGUUUCACACUCGAUUGCCAAAGUCGGUUUCAAUAGCAGCGUUGGGCGUGGACGAAAAUUAUGAAAUUUUAAAUAUAUUGGAAUUUACCAGCGCCAGAAAGAGAAUGUCGGUGAUCGUCCGUACCCCUGACUCGAAAAUAAGACUUUAUUGCAAGGGAGCCGACACUGCAAUUUUUCAACGUUUGUCCAAAACGGGCAAAAAAUAUGCGAAACAAACGACGGUCCAUUUGAAUACAUUCGCCAAUGAAGGAUUACGGACGUUAUGUUAUGCAUAUGUGGAUGUAUCCGAAAGUUUCUACGCGUCUUGGAAAUCCAACUAUCUGAAAGCGUCCACUGUCUUACAAAAUCGAGACGCGGCCAAAGACAGAGUGGCGGGAGAAAUUGAAAAAGACAUGAUAUUAACGGGAGCUACGGCUAUUGAAGAUAAACUACAAAACAAUGUACCCGAAACCAUCCGAGCACUGCUAAACGCAAAUAUAAACAUAUGGAUGCUGACCGGAGACAAACAAGAGACUGCCGUUAACAUUGGAACGUCUACGAACUUAAUAAAAAAAGGAACACCUUUGAUAAUUAUAAAUGAACCAGAAUACACAGACUGCAAGAAAACCAUUUACAAACACAUAAGACAGUUGGGCCGAGAUAUGGAAAACCCUAGUAAUUCUCGUACGUUAGUCAUCGACGGCCAAUCGUUAAAACAUGCUUUGUCGUAUGACAUAAAAAAGGAUUUUCUCGAGUUAUGCAUUAGCUUCAAGACGUUGAUUUGCUGUAGACUGACGCCGUUGCAAAAAGCCGAGGUGGUCGAAUUGGUAACUAAGCAUACGAAUGACGUUACUCUGGCCAUAGGAGACGGCGCCAACGAUGUACCUAUGAUAAAAAAAGCAAAUAUUGGUAUAGGAAUAUCCGGUUUGGAAGGACUACAAGCAGCCUGCGCUGCUGAUUACUCAAUAGCUCAAUUUGAAUAUUUAUCAAAGUUAUUGUUCGUGCACGGAGCGUGGAAUCACGAUAGAGUUUCGAAAAUGAUUUAUUACUGUUAUUACAAAAACAUAUGUUUCUACAUAUUACAACUUUGGUUUGCAAUGUAUUCCGGAUGGUCCGGUAAAAUAUUGUUUGACAGAUGGAUUAUUUGCUCUUAUAACGUGUUCUUUACAGCUGCACCGCCACUGGCGUUGGGCAUAUUCUCUACAAAGUGUUCAGCCAAAACCCGAAUGAAGUACCCGGACAUGUAUUCACAGUCUGUCAGCAAAUUAAACGCCAAAACAUUUUGGACGUGGGUGUUCAACGGAAUGGCCCAUUCGUUUUUAAUAUUUUGGUCUUGCGUUUUUAUGAUGGGACAUGAAACUGUUUGGAUUAACGGGAAAAUCGGCGAUUAUUCUGUACUGGGAAACACUGUGUACACGUGUGUUCUGGUAGUUGCAUGCUUAAAGGCCGGACUUCACGUUCAGUCUUGGACUUACAUUGUGCACUUGACUAUAUGGCCGUCAAUUUUGUCUUGGUUCGUUUUUAUAAUAAUUUACAGUCGGUUGGCACCAACGUUGUAUCACUUUGGUGUAACUACACAUUUGAAUGAUGCCAUAAUUCUGAGAGCACCCACGUUUUGGACCACUUUAGUAUUUUUCACAGUUUUUCCUUUACUGUUCGAUGCGACCGUCAUCAUAAUAACUCGUGUCGUUUAUAAGUCAAUCACUCAGAGUUUGGGAGAAACAGAUGUAAAAAUUCACAAGUUGAAAAAAAAUAACACUCUGUGCUAGAACGCUGUAACAAGGCUUAUUCUUGUGAAAUAUUAAAAAAAAAAUACAAUGCAAAUUGAAAAUAAACAAAUAUC